AUGGCUCCCAGUGUCGUCGAAGACGCCGUUCAAACAAACUCGUCACCUAAGCCCACUUCUGGCCUCCUCACACCGAGCCAAGUUUCGCAAUGGACCCCCGAAACAGUUCUCUCAACCAUGACUCCACUCGAAAAGAACUCGUCCUCGCCCGUACCCUUCUUUCACCUCCUUGAGCGCCUGAAGACUACAAAGCGCGAAGGCUGGCGCAGAUUCGGAAUCAACCACGGCGAAUCUAUCUCCGAUCACAUGUAUCGCAUGUCCAUCAUCACCAUGCUUUGUCCCCCUUCUCUGUCGUCUCGUCUCGAUGUACCACGCUGCACAAGAAUGGCCUUGAUUCACGACAUGGCCGAAGCCCUAGUUGGAGACAUUACCCCUGUAGACGGUGUUCCGAAAUCAGAGAAGAACAGAAGAGAGGCUGAGACCAUGGACUACAUCUGCUCGACUUUGCUUGGCAAGGUUGGUGGUGGCCUGUCGGGACAAGAGAUGCGCGCUGUGUGGCAGGAGUAUGAGGACAGCCAGACUCUUGAGAGCAAGUUCGUACACGAUGUCGACAAGAUUGAGCUUCUUCUACAGAUGAUGGAGUACGAACGCUCUCACCAAGGCCGCAUCGACCUCGGCGAGUUCUCAUGGGUUGCUCGCAAGAUCGAGUUGCCUGAGGUCAAAGAAUGGUGCAAUGACCUGUUGCGCGAGAGGGAGGUCUUCUGGGCCGAGCUGAACAAGACACCAACUGGCAGCACUUUGAACGAAGAGCAGGAGAAGCAACACCAGCAGUACUACAGCAAGAACGGCAGCGCAUCUACUUGA